AUGACAAAAGUACAAGAGAUUCGCGAAAAUCAAUCCAACUUCCUGCGAACUUGCUCAAGUCCUCGUCCGCUUGAGUUCUUCAAGAGGUUUAAGUUUCGAAGCAAGUCAUCUGGCUAUAGCAAUUAUAAGUUAGGUUUGGAAAAAGCGUUGAAAGAUGAACCAAAUUCGGAGAAUUUACUGGAAAUGGAAAGAAAAUAUAACAACGAUGAAUUUAAAGAUGAGUGGACGUUAUAUGAUGACUGGAAAAAAAAUAAGAAAGUCAAUGACAAGGUAAGGAAAAGAAAGCGCGAAGCCCAUGCAACCUUUCACGCUCAAUUAGACAAUGAUCUUAUCGGUAGGAAGGAAACUGAUGGAAACCCAAUCAGUAAUAAUGAGAAUGAGGAACCGGGGAAGGCUACUAGUUCGGUUGAACCGGAUAUAAUAAAUCCGGUCAACAACAACAUCGACAAGGAGGGAGAAGAAGAUGAUAGCAAGAUACUUGUGCAUGAUAUUCUCGAUGAUAUUGUUUCAGCAUCCCAAGCUGAAAAAGACAUCUUAGAUAUAUAUCGCUCUAAUUUCAGCCAAUGUCUAGUCAUGGAUCUUCGAUUAAAUUCAGAACUCUCCCUUUCUUUAAAUCAGGAAUUACAAGAUAAGAUUUUACAUGAAGUCUUCGAUCCAAUAGACAAUAAAUACAUCCCAGAUGAAAUCCAUAAAUAUCUUUCCGAUUUCUUUAACGCUGACCAUGGUAAACAGGGUUGGUGUGAAGCAAUCCGAAGUAUAGUCAUUUAUGAAAAUGAUUCAGGACUGUUAAAAGACAUAAAAGAACUAUUAAAAGAGACAUUAGGGCGAUUUGUAAAAGCUUUCUCUCUGGAUGCAUUGAACCCCUUGAGGGAUGUGACGGUUUUAGAAAGACCUCAUCUCAACCAAUUUGUGCACCCGUUAAUAGACUCUGUUCUUGGUGAAAUUACUUUGCAAGGAAAAUCAAGAGCCAUGGCAGACGGUGCUGGAUUUCUCAAUGAUGUCUCAAAUUAUCAAAUAGUUUGUAUGGAGGGAGCGAAGCCGGGAGCGAGGAAAAAAAAAAUCGUUGACGAUGAUGAAAAGAACAUAAGAAACAUGAUGCAAUUGUUUGAUCAUGUGAUUAUUUCAGAGGCUAUGGAGCGAAGACAAAUUUAUACUGACCUUCGAAUAUAUGGCGCUACUGCAUAUAGAACUGAACUUUCUCUCUCGAUGUUAGACUUUCAUGGUACAUAUCGAUUGUUUGAAAUAGAUCGUUUCAGUCUUCCGAAAGAUUGGGUAGAUAUGCCCAAUUUCGUUUUUAUGUAUGAAGCUCUAAUGAAAUGGGCAAUGUGUAUCCGUUAUACAAGAGAAAAUUUGAUUGCUCAGCGUAAGAAGAGGAGGAUGGGAAGAUAUUCUGAAGCAAGGAUCGUUAAGAAGCUCGCAU